CUCGUGUUGACGUCAACAGGAGGCACGGCCGAGCUCACCGCGGGCGAUGACGAUCCCUGGGGGGGGUGCAGGAACUCCACCCUCCUGGACACCAGCCGGGCUGUCGCCAUCAACAUGAGGCAGCCCCCCAACGCCUCGGAGAUUUUAGAGCUGUCAGCGGGGAGAGAGACUGGCCACUCUGACAACAGAAGUUCAGUUCUUCCCACAGCUGCUGCUACAGUGUCAGGGAAAAGGGUUUCGAAAUUGCGCCGGCAUCGAGACGGAGCUCUUCAGUCUCAAAACCGAGCCGCCCUGCCUUCCCUGCCUCGGAAGAAGGUCUCCUUCGAGGAAUCGGUGAGCUGGAAAAUGCCCGGAAGUGCGGCAGAGGCCCACAAGGCUCAAACCACAGCCCGGACCGAGGGGCCGGACGUCGACCGGCAGGCGAAACCCGCGCUCGCGCCGCAGAAGAGAGAGCUCCGGCCUGAGCCCGUCCCGGAGCGAGGCUCUGGCAGGUCGCGGAGGAGAGACCGCGGUGGCGACGCUAAGCGGGGGCGCAAGGGGAAAGUGGCGGGAAAGCCUGUCGGUUCCCGGGAGGAAUCUGGGAGGCCCCCCCUCCCGUCUGCUCGACUGAGCCCCGGCCCUCCGGAAAACCACCCCAGGAGCUCCCGCAGGAGAGCAGCUGCGCCCCUGGCCAGUUGUGCUUCAGCGAGUCAAGAAGAGCCUUCUGUCUCUGCGCCGAGGAAACUCAAGCGGAUUCCUCCAGUUUACAUGAAGGUGCCCUUUCGGGAGGAGGCGGCUCAGGUGUGCUGGAUCUUACUGGCUCCGGAUCCGACCGAGUUCCUGGAACGGCAGGGAGUCGAGGAUCCGGCCGGCGUGUGCGAGCGAGCGCUGGCCGCGGGCUGCGGUGUGUACCUAGAGUACCAGGGCCCGCCCAGCCCCCCACUCGCCACGUGCUUUUUCCCCCACAAACCAGAGAAGCGCCGAGCUGGAAGGAACGACCUGUGAAGAUCCGUCCUGUGAAGUGGAAAGUGGAAACGUGAUGUGUAGCUUACUUCCCCUGCCCCCACCAACUCUUUUGUGUGUAAAAAAAACGCUUUCAAGACAAUGUGGGGAAAAAAGUCGUCAAUAAAAUUUUUCGUGACAUAAAGCUUUUUGUUUACUGUAUCGCAGCAUACAGGAUCAGCAUUUAUGCAAUAAAAAUGAGCUUAAAGUAA